UGAAUCUAUCGUAUUCAAUAUAAAAAUUUGUUGUGACUCACUUUAUUUCAUUGAAUAAUAUUCAAAAAUAUAAUGUCUAGAAAUAUAGUUUUUGAGGGUUGGUUAACAAAAUCACCACCAUCAAGACGAAUUUUUAAAAUAAAAUGGCGGAGAAGAUGGUUUGCAUUGCGACAAUCUGGUGAACUACCAGGGCAGUACUUCCUAGACUACUACUCUGAUAGAAACAGGCGGCGUUUAAAGGGCUCCAUAAAUCUUGAUCUUUGUGAGCAAGUUGAUGCUGGUUUGCACAUGACUCGUAACAGUACUGGAAUACUGGAUCCUCGAAUACGUGGCUCAGUUUUCUCAAUUCAAACUCAAUCAAGAACAUAUCAUUUAGAAGCAGAUUGUGAGGCGGAUAUGGAAAAGUGGGUUGAUGCAAUAUGUCGUGUUUGUGGCUUAAGGGCUACAAGCACACCUCCGGAACCAGUUGUUACAAUUAUAACUGCAAGUGAAGAAUUGCGCGAAAUCGUCGUUCCCGGCACUGGUACAUACCAAAACAGCACAAUGACGGUUAUGAAUGAUCAGUAUGAAUUUUCGGAGGGUACAGGACCUUAUAUACCGAUAUCUGAAUGCAUAACAGGAGUCCGUGCCGCGGAUUCCCAAAGUUCCUUCACCUUCGAUCCUAAUAAUAUAGUAAUUGGAGCUAAGUCAACCUUCGAGGGGCCUGAAAAAGGUCCACAGUAUUUAAGCCAUCCACACAUUCGUAUAAAUAAUGUCGACUUAUCUGAAAAUGAAUCUAAUAUAAGCGACGAGGAAUGUAAAUCGCUCAAUGCUAGUCAUUCUAAUAUAGCGAGAUACGGUAAUAUACCGGAUACCUGGCUACUUGCUAGAUCUUACGUAAGACCGGGGCUCGAUGAUGAGAAUAGGCCUAAUUUGAGAGCAUCUGGGAGUGGCAUCAGGGACAGACUUCAAGUGAGGUUUUCGAGUUUCAACAAAGGAGAAAGGGCGAAGCCCCAUAGCAGCCCUAAAAGAAUAGGCAGUUCAGAAGAAGGGCCACCGGUACCUCCGCGGCCGCCGAAGAGCUUCGGCUUCAGUAAAGAGCAUAGAGAAUCGUUCCAGGGACCAAAGAUACAGGAGCCGGAAGGCGAUACAUCUCCCCCAUUCCCCUGGCUUCGUUCGUCCCGAAGAAUGUCACAAGAGCAGCAGGUCGUUUAUCGGCCAAGGGUCGAUGAUAACGCGUGUUGCCUCACCCAUGUAAGACACAAUUCUUUACAGCAAUACUGCAAUUUGUCGUCUUUGCCGCCGAUAGUUGACAGGGCAUUGAAGCCACGAAUUGGUAGUACGGGCAUCUGUCACAUGAAUCAUGUUGCCGCUCAGACUCUAUUGACAAUGCCUCCCGACACUUCGACUAGGCGUGCCAAAGCAUCGGAUACGUUGCAGUAUCUUGACUUGGAUCUUUCUCCCAAAACGAAUUCCAAGGAACAAGAUGAAAGCGCACGCGUCAAGAAUGCAAAAUCGUUUUCUGCGGAAUCGCGUACCGAUUAUAAAACGGUUGACUUUGUGAAAACUGAAGCCUUUAACAUUACACGACGCGACGCCGAGGCUUCUCGUAGUGUGCAACAAUGACUAAAUCCCGUCUACGGUAAAGUAUACAAGAAAUGUAUAAAUAAAAAUGAUUUAUUUAUACAUUAAACUGUGCACUAUAUCGUAUGUGAGGGAGAGCGUCACGACUCGUGGACUGAUGUGAGUGUAAUAUACGUUUGAUGACGCCUAAUAUGUUUUAGUGUAUGGUUCGGGCUUGAGGCUUAACGCACAAUUAUAAAUAUUCGGAACCAAAACAUUUUUCGCUAAACAUCUAAAAACAAUUUAUUAAUAUUAUUUUAAAAUUUGUUUUAUUGAAUGUAGUUCAUACAUUUCAACAAAUCUGUUAUAUAUCUAUCACCUAAACAGGAUCAGCAGUUGUAAAAUACCUGUGACUAUUAACUGAACUAUAAUUAUAAUUUAAUAAAUUUCCAUUUUUCGAUUAUAACGAAUUUAUAAUAACAAUAAACCCAUUUUCAAAUUUGAUGAAGCUUUUUGACAAAUUUACAUAUUAAUUUGUUACUUAACAUACCGAAUCUUAAAACAAAGAUCUUGAUAAAAGAUUGCCGAUCGACCAAUAUUGUUUUUCACGGUUUAUGAAAAAAUCGAGAAUUUUAAUAAUUUAUAAUUAUAAUCAUUAUAUACAAAUUUGUUACAAAACUACAAUUUUGGGCUGAUGAAAGUUUAGGUUUAAGUUUUAAACGCCCUUAUAAACUUCGUAAAUCAUUUAAUAUGAAUUAAAUGUAAUGAAUAUUUUUUUAUAUAUUGACCAAUUUUUCUAUUUCGUAUAAAAGUUAGUGAGAUUUACAAAAGUCUACUUGUUGUGUUCCGCCAUAAUCAUGUCAUCAUUUAAAUGAAUGACUCGAUUUUUUUAUGGAAACAAUUUAUUAUUUACCAAUUUGUAUACUCCGUUAGCUAAAUUAAUAAAACAGUGAGAAUAUAGUGAGACUAUAGGCCUUUUAAAUAUGGUCCCGGAUAUACAGGGAUACGUUUUUGUUCACAAAAUAGGAGCCAAACCUACUUGAUUAGAGAAUAAAUUACUGAUAAUAUAUAUUCUUUUUCAAAUGUCAUUACCAAAUGAAUUAGUAUAUUUUUUAUAGCAUAGCUUCAUGUAUACACUACAUGACCUAAACUUCGAAAUCGAUCUGCUUUAUUUUGGCCUUAAAGUUUUAUUUACGAUGGCAUUGUGAGCAAAUCCUUUUUUUCUCUGAUAUUUUCGUAGUUUAUUAGACAGAAUAUAUUUUAGAAUCAGAAUAAUAUUUUGUACAGUGAAUGUUAAGAGUGAGUGACGUCUGUUUGUGCCUUGUAAUAGUGAGAUUUAAAAGAAGUAGAAAUUAUUAGUUUGGCUCCUUUUUUGUUAAGAAACAUUAAGCACGAUUUGUUAUUUAUUAAAUAACUUCAUGCAUUUGCUUAAAUCAAUACCUCCGCAAAAUAGUAGAACAGUACAACGAUGUAAGUUUUAGAAGCGUUGCAGUUUCUAUUUUCGGUGGUUUUCUAUGUUGGCUAAAGUUUAAAACUGCUGCACAUUGAAAAAAAAUUACUAGACUUUUAAUUUAUGGCAUACAUAUAAGCGUUUUAAAGCAUUUGUUAAAAACUAUUGCUGUUUCCUUUUCAUAGAUUUUAUUUCAAUUAUCUACACAAUUUAUUUUCAGUUAUGAUUAUAACUUCAUUCUCAUCAAACUUGACCUAAUAAUAUGUCUUAGGUAUGAUUUAAUUGCAGUCUUCCAAUUAUUUUUAUUAAUACAAAUGUAAAUAUAGAUAAUGAGAGGGUAUUAAACUUCUAUAUAGUAUGUAUAUAGAUUGUAGAUUUUUAUAAAAAAACUAAAAAAAAAAUCAAAACAAAAAAAUUAAAAUAUUGUUAGAAAUGAUACGCACAAUUAGAAUAAGAUAUAUUUUGUGUUGUGUCGAUAUUAUAUUUUAUUUCAUUUUUUAAAAAUCUUUAACAAUUUUCUCUUAUUUUUUACCCUUCUUUAGGUACAAAAUAUUGUUUUAGCUUUUACGUUGCCAAAUAUAUUUAAUUAUCGUAUUUUGGCAUUAUUGCAUUAUAAUUUUUAUUUUAAUUUUUGUAGACAUUUAAUUCGUAAACCUUGUAUACGAAAGGCUUACCAGUACUUUAAUUUUUGUUAUUUAAUAAAUUUGAUUAUGAUAUUUUAUUUUUGGUUUCAUUUUUUAUUUCCUAAGUUUUUUUUUAUAAUUAAUAAUAAUAGAUAAAGGUUGUUUAUGUUGUGAUUUUCAUUCUAGUUGUGCCAAAUUUGUUAUCGAACGGUCGUUAUAUCAUAAUUUUCAAUUAUGUUUAUAUUAGAUCUUCAGAACGGUUUUAAUGGGAAAUGUAAUGCCUAGGUUUAUCAAACAUUUUUUUUUAAUAAAUUAGAAAUAAUACGCGAUAUAUAAAAUAUUCUUUAUCUUAAAAAUCGGCAUUUUAAAGCGAUUUAAGUUAAAAAAUUGUAUAAAUAAUCCUGUAUAUAGAUAAUAUCGUUCUUGUAGUAAUAAGCAAGAUUCACGUUCGACUACAUGGAAAUCGAUACCGUAUGUUAAACAGUCCGUAAGUAAUGAGUGACAUUGUUUGCAUAGUUCAGUUGCAAUGGCUGUCCAUAUGGCACCAAUGAAAAGGAAUGUAGAUCCAGUUUCGUGGAAAUGUAAAACGUAUUUGCUAUGAGUUAAAGAGCAAUGUAACAUCUUUAGAGUUUGCAGUGAAUGCUUAUUAUUACGUAGGUUUAGUAGAAGUAUUCAUAAUACUCCAACGCACAACUAGCAAGUAAGUUAAAUGCCAAAUUUCAGUUCAAAAUUCACUUAUUUUUUUUUUUGUUUACGCAUAAUAUCGAUUACGGCGAGGGUAGGUGUAAUGCCACUUCUUUAACUCAAAAGACAGUCAGCUGGCAACAGUCUUCCUGUUUUAAUUAUGUUUGUUUAAAAAAAUAGCAAUUGCUACCCUAAUCAUGCUUUUUUUAAUCGCUUGGUUGACAUUCCUUUAGCAUCGCCUGUAUUCCAAAUCGAACCUUAGUGACCCGAGUGUGAGCCAACUCAACUCUAAUCUUAAGAUUGCAAACCGUUUUUUACCAUGGCGAUGCUCAAGAUUAGAUUGUCACUUUACACGUUUUUGAAUACAGGCCUUUAAAUAAACUUAUAUUAUUGUAUGUAUAGGAUUAAAUAUUUAAAAAGGCUUGAAACUUGUGGAUAUAAACAAUAGGCAAGUAUGCAACGGGCGGGUUGAUAAUUUUUAUAGUUGAGAGCCUAAUAGUGUUGUUGAAAUUAAUAAUUAUAUAAACGCUCAAUUUUUAAAUGAUUUAAUUAUGUACUUAAAAAUAACAUCUAUAUAUAUUCUAUUUUAGAUCCAAUUACAGCUGAGCUCUAUGAAUAUUUAUAUUUGUUUAACAAAGAAUUAUUAUCUAAGUUUAUUGCAAUUAAAUGUAUCGUAUUAUUAACCAUUGAACAUAUACUUAUUGUAUAAUAAUGCAACUAUGUAAAUAGUAUUAGAGACGGAAUAAUAACUCUUGUUUGUAAAAACUAAAUCAAUGUAUCACAGAUCACAAAAAACGAAUCUUAUUACACCGUAACGCAAUCGUAAAUUUAAUUUGACAGAGACAAUAGAGCAUUGAAUGAGAUUUUAUGAGUAAGGGCGAUAAAAAUUAAACUACCAAGGCCCGCGUAGCACCUCGGAUGGUCGUGUAAUAUUGUGUUACUGAAGAAGAAGGUAAAGAAGACAUUUUUUGUAUCGGUAUAAGUACUAAAAGCUAAACUUUAACACAGUUACCUAAACUUGAGUUAGCGGCAUUUAUAGAAAUUGCAAUUUAAUGUCUUCUUUGUAAUAAGUAUUUUAAAGAGAAUUUUCUACUAUGAUACUCAUGUUUGACUGUAAAUAUUUAAUGCUCAGAAAAAGCUCGAUUAUAUCUGUGAUAACCACAGACCGUAUGCGUUUAUUAAACCAACUAUCAGUAUAUAAAAUUACCAAAGGAUUGGUAAAGUAUUAACAAUUGUAUAAGAACAUUUUUUGCUCACCUUAUUAAUUAUUUCUUACAUGCAGAGCUCUAACGUAAGAAGUAAUUAAUGAGGCCGUGACCGUGUCGAGGCGGUCUAAGAAUACAAACCUCGACCCCAUGUCGGGACACAAGGGUGUCGUAAGAGGCGACUAAACCCGACGGUGGAAGGGCAAUUUCCGCCCGCCUGGUUCGCGACCACCCUCCCAACGAAGCCAGCCUAUUUGGCCCAAACGGGAGCACCAGUUUUCCCCUUUCGCCUUCCCUUUUUCUUCUCUACUCUUCUUUUCCUUUCCCUAUCCUACGCCUUUAACUUCCUUCCUUUGAGUACUUUGAUAUGUUUAAUCAGUAUUUUGAUAUUUACUAAAUGUGUAGUUUUGAUGUGUAGUUCAAUAUAAUCAAUUAUAUCUAAAUGUUAGAUGUAAGCAAUGUCCGAUUUGUGCGCGAUAAUGGGUUAGCUUGGUGCGACGGUCUGGUGGAGAGAGAUGGAAACCUAUUUGAUCUCAGAUAUUGGACAUUGAAAUUCAUUAGUCAGCAUUAUUUAUGAAGUGUAAUCCAGUGUCAUACAUGUUUAACGUCGUGCAUUGGGCGCGUGUUGCCCGUCUAUUUAUGGCAAUAUUCGCCAAUGUGUCUGUCGUACUAGAGCAGUAUUAUUCUUAGUAGCUUCAAUCAUAAUUUAGAACGUUAUCUCGUUAAACAAUUUUAAAGUUUCUCUCAUGGAACCCCAGAUAAGAUGCAUUUAUUAGAUCUUAAGGACUAUGAACAACAGCGAUGUAUAAGAUAUUGAAAGCCACUUUAUUCAACCCAGAUAAGAUGCAUUUAUUAGAUCUUAAGGACUAAGAAACAGCGAUAUAUAAGAUAUUGAAAGCCACUAUAAUUCAAGUAUUAAAUUAGUAAUUAUAUUUAAUCUCUCGGUGUUAUGUGUCUGUAACCGUAGAGGCUGAAUUUGACAUUUUGGUUGAGUUGAUAAAGAUGGAAUUUAGAGAUCGUAAAUAGAUGUGAGUGGAAAAUCUGUGGAGCAAAGAAAUUCAGCCUUAGACUAUAAUUAAAAUGCUCAUAUUAUCUAGAUGUUUAUUAUAAGUGUCUAUUUAUCGGUGUUUAUGAAACAUGACACCCGCACUUUGUCUCUUCCAAGGUUUUACCGUACUUUUUAAAAAUAUUUUCUUGUUUAGUUAUUAUAAUAAGUUGAGAUGUAUUCAUUCUUUCGAGUCUACUGAAAUCACUACUGUAUUUUCAUAUGCGGGUUUAAUACGUGUUUUAUGUGUAAUAAAAAAUAAUAAAAUGU